AUGCCUAAAAAUGUUUUUUCUCAGACGUUUGCAGACACGUGGCAAGAAACAAAUGCUGAGAUAAUAAAAAGCGGCUUCAAAAAAACUGGAAUCUAUCCGUUCAACCCUGAAUUACCACAGGAUAUAUUUGAACCAGCUGUCUACAAACGAUUUAAAGAAAAGCUACGAACAAAUGCUCUCAAAUAUCCGAAACCUCUGCAAAGUUUCUGUAUUUACGUUUUUAAUAAAAUUUUACAGUUUGCACCUGACUUAGAACAACAAGUAGAACGAAUAGUUACACAUACGAAUACUCAAAAUGUCACCUUCUUAUCAGACCUUUCAAGAAAAGAUAAUCAGACGCAGUCUUUUUUGGUCAAUUUUGACGAAUUGCUGCUCGACAAAAUAAAACAGGAUAAGAAGGAUAUUAAUUAUCAAACAAAGAAAACACCUGUUGCUAAAGGAGCUGAAAUAAUAACUUCUAAACAAUUAGAAGAUUUGGAAACGCAAAGUAACGAAACAGCGUCAGCUAAGCCGAAAAAAGGAAGUCAAUAA